GGUGUCCGGAGCUGUGGAGCGGGAGGCGGGCCCGGUCCAUUCAUCCGCCUCCUGCAGCCGGGUGGUGAUGGCUGCCCCAGGCCUGAGCACCCUGACCCCAAAAGUGGUGAAGGAGCAGGAGAAGACAGAUUACAGCAAGUGGCAGCGGGUGGAAGCAAAGAAGAAGGUGUCUCUGCCCUCCAUCGCCUCGCUGGACAGGAGGAAGGAAGUGAGCUCUGCCUGCUCCCAGAGAGGCAGGCAGCCAGCCCCGGUCGGUGUCAGAUCAGCUUUGCCGACAAAGUCAGCCUCUCUUCGGAAGCAGAGAUUUGCUCCAAAGAAGAUGUCGGCCAAGGACACGGAGCUUGCAAGAAGCCUGGACAAUAUCAAAAUCUAUACGAGACUGACCAGGUCGCAGAGGACGUCCUUGGACAAGCUGAAGCAGCACGGCACCUUCCUGGCAGAGACCAAUGAGCGCCUGGUCCAGGAGGUGCAGCAGGCCGAGGAUAGCACCGUCAAGCAAGUCCGGGAGCUGCUGCAGCAGUACGAAGUCUUCGGGACGAUGGUGACGACCCUUCAGGACUCCAGCCGGCACCAGGUGGGCGCCGCGGCAGCGGAGCUGCAGGAAGCAGAGAAAACCAUGGAGAACAACCUGGCAAAGCUGCAGCAGGAGCUGGCUCAUGUGAACGGGAAGGUGCAGGCGCUGCAGGAUGAGCUGGGCGUCCUGCGAGCAUACAUGGACAAGGAGUACCCUGCCAAGGCCAUCCAGAUAGACCAGCUGCUGCGCGACAUCCAGAGCCUGAAGGAGGAGCAGCAGGAUGAAACAGAUGAGCUGGAAGAGAUGGCAAGAAGUGUCAUGGGGGGCCUGGGCAAGAAGAUGCAGGAGGAGCAGGAGCAGAUCAUACGGGCUGUGAUCGAGGAGACGCUGUCUCCCUACAAGGACGGCCUGCAGCAGAUGUCCACCAACAACCGGGUGCUGCAGAAAGAGGUGGAAAUGCAGAAGGAGGUAAUCGCGGAGCUGCAGGAAGACAUUGUGGAGCUGCAGCGCAGCAUCCAGAGGCUGCACGGGGACCUCAGGGACCCCCGAGAGGUGAUCUUCGCCGACGUCCUGCUCCGCAGGCCCAGGUGCCUGCCGGACGAGGAGGUCGUGCUCAGCGUCCCACUGGAGGAGGAGAAGGAAGUCGCCUUCUAGUCCCAGAUGCUGGGUAAGCAGCUCACGCCUCUCCUGCUGGGCCAGGUCUGCCUACCCCAUAGAUGAGGGCCCGCCAUCCAUCCCAGCAUCUCUCCUUUGUGCAGGCUCUUCGGCUCCACCAGAGAUAUUCAGGCAUGAAAGGACUUGUCGCUGUGGCUCUUGUGCUUCCCUUGUCUUUCCGGUACCUCCCCAACAGCUGCCAACACCCUGUCCCCCCCGGGGUCUCCCACUUUCAAGGCUCCAUGGAAAUCUUUGCAUUUCCAGGCGGGGUCCUGCCACCCACCUCAGUAUUCAAUCCCUGCACCUUCCUCCGAGGCCUGCCCUGCUCUUGAGGGACUCUGAUGGCGUUCAGCCUGGGAGAGGGACCAGCUGAUGGGAAACUCUGCAGUGUUCCCAAUGCGGCUCUCAGUCUAGGUGGUGAAAUAAAGACGAAGCCUCUUAAUGUGGAAACUC